CCAGAGGACGGGGGCUGCCGUUCUCCUCCGCUUCCGCUACCCACCUGCUCGCGGCGCGUCACGGCACGCCACCUUCGCGAAACCCUCCUCGUCUCCCCCGCCACCAUGCGGCCGCAGUAGGGAGUACGAGAGACGAGAGAGACCGAGAGGCGAGAGGACCGACCGACUGACUCACUCCUCCACUGGAGACCUUCUCGCCCAUCCUCACCACCACCGGCGGCCGUCGCCAUCAUCGCGAGGCGAAGCUAUUUUUUUUUUGUGUGUGUGUCUCGGAUUAGCGCGGGAGCGGGGAUUACCUUGUUGCCCAGUUCCACGCGGGGUCCGCUUUGUUUUGUGCCCUGCUGUCAAACAAAGAGGCGGGCGGGCAGGCAAGCGGUGCCCGUCGCCCGCUUCCCUUCCACCUGUUGCGUGCUCCCGGCCUCAAGAAACCGCCGCCGCUGGCCAGCACCACGCCCUCUUUCCCUUUCGCUUCUCCCCUGCCACUGCCAGCAGCAGCGCGCCCCGGUUCUCCGGCCGGGUUCGUUCCCGUCCGUGGGCGCGUUUGGAUUCCGCUCCGCGGAACGGAAGCGUCGCCUUUCUGUGCCGGCGCCCGUUGUUUCUUCGGGAGGCUUCUGGGGCCUGCGCUCAGCAGAGAUCGACUUCGUGCUUGGUGAACGCUGCCGCUGGCCCUGACAACCAAGGUUUCUUCUGCUUCUGCCCGUGAUUUCGUUUCCUCGCACCCGCCGCAGCAAAAUUCCAGCUUCUUCAUUCCUUUCUCUCCCCGGUUUAUGCUUGUCCUUGCAAUCCGGAAUGGACUUGUUGGUUCAGCUGUGUGCUUGCGGCUCUGAAAGGAGUUAAGCAUUCCGGCUCUCUUCAGUCCUCACCUUCCUUUCACGUAGCCCUUUCAGCCUUCCUUCGCCUCUCUGUGAUUCAUGCCCCAAUCCGCGUCAGAACUCGCCAUGGAUAGUAGUUGGACUGCUAUCCUCAACCGGCUUCUAGCCCUUUCUGUGGCAAUCUGGAUUGUUGGCACCUGCAAUGCCGAUUUCACGCCUGCAGACAACUACCUCAUCAACUGCGGCUCCACGGUCGACGCGACUGUUGACCAGAGGGUUUUCCAGGCAGACAACUCCGGUGCGGCCAUAUUGACGUCCACCCAGAGCACCGCCGCAACCACCUCCCCGAAUCUGGUCUCGCGUUUCAACAGUGCUAUGCUGUAUCGGACUGCCAGAAUAUUCGCCGUGUCAUCAUCCUACGCCUUCAAGCUCAAGAGCCGUGGCCGGCAUUUUGUCCGGCUUCACUUUUUUCCCUUCAGAUACCAGACCUAUGAUCUUACCACUGCAAACUUCAAGGUGUCAACGCAAGACGUCGUGCUCCUCGACAAUUUCACUGCGUCGAGUGGUUCUUUGCCUGUGUUCAGGGAGUAUUCUCUCAACAUCACCAGGGACAUGCUCAUCCUUACAUUUGUGCCUCUUGGCAACAAAACACAGGCCUUCAUCAAUGCUAUUGAGGUCAUCUCGGUUCCUGAUGAUCUAAUAACUGAUUCAGCGCAAACUCUGAACCCUGGUCAGUAUCUUGGCCUGUCAGUGCAACCGUUGCAGACAUUCUACAGGAUCAAUGUGGGGGGCCCGAAGGUGACUCCUGACAAUGACACGCUCUGGCGAACAUGGGCUACUGAUCUGAGUUCCUUCUUGUAUUCCACCGCCACUAAAGUUGUUAAUUUCCCAGGAAAGUUGAAUUACCAAGGUGGAUUAGCAUCACGAGAGGAUGCACCAGACAAUGUAUACAAUACUGCAAGGCAAUUGCUUGUGCAGAACAACAGCAGCACCAUGUCCAAUAUGACAUGGCAAUUCAAUGUCGAUGGUCAGUCAAGCUAUCUUAUCCGGUUCCAUUUCUGUGACAUUGUGGGCAAGGCUGCGUAUCAGCUCUUGUUUGAUGUAUAUGUUGAUAACUCGUCAGUGUCGAAAGAUCUUGAUCUCUCCACUAAGAGUUUUGGUACCUUGGCAGUGCCGUUUUACAUGGAUAUUGUCUUGCCAUCAAGUGACCCAUCUGGUAUGCUCCGCGUCAGCAUUGGGCCUUCUAGCUUAAAGAAUAUUGCACCAGAUGGCAUCUUGAAUGGCCUGGAGAUCAUGAAGAUGAACAUUAGUACUGGGUCUGUUGUUGUGGUGGCACCACCGCCAGUGGCAAAGCGUCAUCUUGCUGUCAUAUUGGGCUCUGUUCUUGGAGGUGUUGCUGCUGUCAUCAUUGGUACUGUUCUCUGCAUCCGCUGCAGAAGAAAGAAGCAGCCACGUACACCACUGACAAGCCGGCCCUCAAGUUCUUGGACACCCCUCAACGGUCUUAGCUUCCUUACCACAGGUAGCCGAACAACCAGCAGGACCACUCUUACAUCUGGAACUAGCGGUGACACCAGCUACAGGAUUCCAUUUGUUGUACUGCAAGAUGCGACAAACCACUUUGAUGAGCAGAUGGUCAUUGGAGUUGGAGGCUUUGGGAAGGUCUACAAAGCAGUGAUGCAGGAUGGCAGUAAACUUGCAGUAAAGCGGGGCAACCAGAAGUCUCACCAAGGGUUGAGGGAGUUCCGGACGGAGAUUGAACUGCUGUCAGGGCUGCGGCACCGUCAUCUCGUGUCACUCAUUGGUUACUGCGAUGAACACAAUGAGAUGAUCUUGGUGUACGAGUACAUGGAGAAAGGCACACUGAAGAGCCAUCUGUAUGGCAGUGAUAUGCCGCCUCUCAGCUGGAAGAAAAGGCUGGAAAUCUGCAUAGGAGCAGCAAGAGGGCUCCACUACCUUCACACCGGUUUUGCCAAAUCAAUCAUCCACCGUGAUGUCAAGUCAGCAAACAUCCUCCUCGAUGAAAAUCUCCUCGCCAAGGUUUCUGAUUUUGGCCUCUCAAAGGUUGGGCCUGAAUUCGAUCAAACGCAUGUCAGCACGGCAGUGAAAGGGAGCUUUGGGUACCUCGAUCCUGAGUACUUCCGGAGACAGAAGCUGACUGACAAAUCAGAUGUGUACUCAUUUGGUGUGGUUCUGCUUGAGGUGAUCUGUGCGAGGCCGGUUAUCGACCCCACUCUUCCAAGGGACAUGAUUAACCUUGCAGAGUGGGCUAUCAAGUGGCAAAAGAGGGGAGAGCUCGAUCAGAUCGUUGACCAGCGCAUUGCCGCGACAGUGAGGCCUGAAGCACUAAGGAAGUUUGGAGAGACGGUGGAGAAAUGCCUUGCAGAGUAUGGUGUCGAGCGUCCCACGAUGGGCGAUGUGCUGUGGAACCUGGAGUUUGUGCUGCAGCUGCAGGAGGCUGGCCCGGACAUGUCAAACAUCGACAGCAUGAAUCAAAUCUCUGAACUCCCUUCAAACGCCAAGAGAGUAGUAAGCUCCCUAGAGCUCAGCACUGCAGAUGAAAGCAGCACAGGGAUCGACUACUCCGACACGUCGACGAGUAAUGCCUUCUCACAGCUGAUCAAUGCUGAGGGAAGGUGAGCUCUGAGCUGGACUCAAUUGUUCCAAAGUCGCUGAAAAAUGUUACAAGAACUAGAAGCCGAUGCCUCUCCUUUUGUUUUCUUUUCAUUUCUUUUUAGGGGAAACCCGAUUCCCUUUUGUUGACUAUACUGUCUAUCCCUUCAUCCCCUGACAUACAACGCCAAGUUCUGAAUUGUAUUGAAAUUUUGCUUGCCCUUGUAAUUACUGGUAUUAUUGGAAGUAUAAUUCUGCUGGAAUUUCAGGCUGUUCGUCAA